GCCACAACUCCACAGUGUCUAAUGUCUCAGAAAGCCAUCUCUCCUCUGCGAAAGGCCUGGUAUAAAUGGAAGGCUCUUCGUCUUCCAUGGCGGAAGAGAUUCCUUGCCGGCCUCGACCUCGAAGGAAACACCUAUUGGGAAUUCCGCGAUACCCUCAACUCGCAUAAACACCGCAUGCGGCGCAUUGUCAAAUACCCCCGCUCUGUGCACUACAGCGAGAUAAAGAUCCCUCCCCAGUGGCACCAGUGGCUCCGACAUACUCGCCAGGACGCGCCUUCGAUCGCCGAACAGGAACAAGAUGUCGUGCGCCGGGAGAACUUGAAGAUCUUGGCUGCCCAGGCCGAUGCCCGAUGGGCUGCGAAAGCCAGUUUUCUGGAUCAUCCGGGACAGGCAAGAGGCCAGGCCUUACCUGCAACGGAGGAAGUAGGCGUCCGGGAUCUUGCGGAUGGAAAGCCAGGCCAUACAGUGCAAGGAACAGAUACCAAAGUUGGUUCAGGAAUGGCUGGGGGUCAAAAAGGUGAACAGGCAGAAACGACACAGGUUCCUGGUCGGGAACAACACCGUCUUAAUGAACGUGCUGUCGCGGAUGAUAAACCGAAACAGAAGAAAUUCAAGGAGGAUCCUUGGAAAAAGGCCCGUGGCGGUCCGAGUGAAGAGUGGCAGCCUGAAGCUUGGGAUGGAAGUAUUGCUCCGACGAAACGACGAUAAAGGACUUCUCUCCUACGCCCGUUAAUUACACGUAUGCAUAACGACCGAGAACAAACCACGUCUGGAGAAGCAUCACCCCUGCUCUCCGCGCAAUACCAGGACUUCAUGGGCUCUCACCAACAGCAUUAUAUAGCAGCAUAUAUCCGCAAAACCGUCCAAUACCUCGGAACUUUGGAUAGUUGCAACCAGAACCGAAAUCCUUGUGAGCUGAAGUGUGAGCAGAGCGCAGUCUCCAGAUACGCCGCACUAAAUGGGGCAUGGGAUAUCAAGAAUUGAAAUCCUUUUACUGGUCGAGAUUGUCCUAUUUCAGGAAGGUGGUCGUACAAUAUAUUGUAAUAUUAAAAUCAUCAAGUCUCAACGGCUAAUCAAAAGCUAUUCCGCGAG